AUGCCGACUUUUGUCGUCUCGCUCUUCCUACCGUACACGAUUGACUUUCACGAGCUGCCGUCACCAGCCAGCCGGCGCCCAAGCCCGCCGCCUCGUGCCGUGACGCGCGUGGACAGCAAUCCGGACCUGGCGGAGCAGAAAGCCAGUCUUUUCGCUCAGCCCACGCCGCCUGCCACCCCGUCCGCGAGUGCAAGGCAUGAGGAGUUCUUUGCUCAGGUCCAGCCAAGCGUAAACACACAUUUCCCGAAGCCGCACGAUCCUAGAUCGCUCGUUCGCAGCGACGCCCACGUCCCUGAAUGGGGCAGUGGUCUCUUCUUCAACCAGCCGCGCUCUCGCGCUGCCGCACCGCCGCCCGAUGACAUUUUGAAAUACUCGAAACAACAGGAAGGUCUCGCUCAGCGCAAGUCACGUCGGUCGCCGAAGAGGGCAAGCAUAAGCAGCAUCUCCCGGAACUCCAGUGGGUCCAGACAGCGCUGGUCUUCGGGCUGGACCGUGGAACCGGCCGUCCAGGGUAACGGCGGUCUAGCGAAUGCUGUCCGCGCCGCCAUCACUACCGGCACCAUGGAGGACGUCUUCUGGGUCGGCACCGUGGGGUUCCCCACUGACGCGCUCGAUGACGGCAAGAAGGAUGAGAUCCAUGCCAAGCUCGAGUCCGAGUACGACGCUCUUGCCGUGUGGGUCGACGACAACGACUUCGAUGGCCACUACGCCCACUACUGCAAGACCAUCCUCUGGCCCGUCUUCCACUACCAGAUUCCCGAUCACCCCAAGAGCAAGGCCUAUGAAGACCAUUCGUGGAUCUACUAUGAGCAUGUCAACCAAGCCUUCGCGGACAAGAUCGUGAAGAGCUACAAGCGUGGCGACAUCAUUUGGAUCCACGACUAUCACCUUCUGCUGGUCCCCGGCAUGGUUCGGAAAAAGUUGCCCGACGCCCAAAUUGGCUUUUUCAUGCACACGGCCUUCCCGUCGUCCGAGGUCUUCCGAUGCCUGGCUGUGCGCAGGCAGCUUCUGGAGGGAAUGCUCGGCGCCAACCUCGUCGCCUUCCAGUCGCGCGAAUACGCGCACCACUUCCUUCAGACCUGCAGUCGCAUUCUUGUGGUAGAAGCUACCAACGACGGCGUCCAGUUGGAGAACCGCUUCGUCAACGUGGCUUGGCUGCCCAUUGGCAUUGAUCCCAAAGGCCUGGAAGCUGCUCGCGAAGAUCCCAGCGUCAAGGAAUGGAUCCAGGUCAUGCAAGAGCGUUACAAGGGCAAACAGCUCAUUGUCGCCCGCGACAAGCUGGAUGCUGUCCGCGGUGUCCGACAGAAGUUGCUGGCUUUCGAGCUUUUCCUCAACAAGUACCCCGAGUAUCGCGAGAAGGUUGUCAUGAUUCAAGUUGCCACGUCGACGACCGAGAAUUCCGAGCUGGCGAUGACGGUCUCAGACAUUGUGACUCGCAUCGAGUCAACUCACUCGACUUUGGCGCAUCAGCCGCUUGUGUUCCUGAGACAGGACAUCUCCUUCUCCCAGUACCUGGCCCUGCUGUCGGUCGCUGAUGCCCUGAUGAUCACGAGUCUUCGCGAGGGCAUGAACCUUACGGCGCACGAGUACAUCGCCUGUCAGGAUGGUAAAGCCAGCGAGAAGAAAUGCGGACCGCUGAUUCUUAGCGAGUUCACGGGCAGCGCAUCCAUCUUCAACGGCAACGAGCUCUCUGUCAAUCCUUGGGACUACCAGAAGUGUGCCGAGGCGAUCAAGACUGCGCUGGAGAUGGAUCCGGAUGAGAAGGAACGGAGAUACACCAGACUCCGUAACGUGGUGAUGCACCACACGGGUGAGUAUUGGUGCACGACCUUGACCAAGACGCUCGCCAGAGUUCACGAGGAGCACUUCAUGCGCGACACCAUGUCGAUUCCCCGCCUUUCAGUGCACCAGCUGUGCGAAAAAUACAAGAGAUCUGAACGGCGUAUCUUCAUCUUGGACUACGAGGGCACGCUUGCGUCGUACGGCUCGCCGACCAGCAUCAUCAUGACCAGCCCACAGCGGGUCAUCGAUGCCCUGAACGAGAUUCUGAUGGAUGACAAGAAUCUUGUCUACGUCAUGAGCGGCCGUACUCCAGAGGAACUCGAGCGUCUGUUCAGCCGGGUGCCUGGUCUGGGCAUCAUUGCCGAGAACGGAUGCUUCGUGCGCGAGUUUGGCAAGGAAGGCUGGACGGCAUUUGCCGACACGUCAAAGGUUGACGAAUGGAAAGACAGCGUCAAGGGUAUCCUUCAAUACUACCUGGAGCGGGUCGAGGGCAGCUGGCUCGAGGAGCGCCACUGCUCCCUAUUCUUCCACUACGACAAGGCAGACGACUUCGAUGCUGCUGCCACGCAGGCGGGAGAAUGCGCGACUCACAUCAACGACGUUUGCGAGUCGGCCCAUGUCCAUGCUGUGCCAAUCGACAAGAGCAUCCUGAUCGAGCCGCUGGACUGGAGCAAAGGUAGCGCUGCCACGCACAUCUUCAACAAGCUCCACAAGAACAAUCUUGACAAGGGAGCGAGCUCUCCGGCCGACUUCCUCGUGGUUGCGGGCGACGAUCGCGAGGACGAGGUCAUUUUCCGCUGGGCUAACAAGCUUGCUACGACGGGUGUGAUUCGGGAUGUGACGACCGUCAGCGUCGGCACACGGAACACGGAAGCCAUGGCCACUCUGACCCAAGGCACCACUGGCCUCCUAUCGGUUCUCCAGAAACUAGCCAAGCUUUCAGACUGA